AAAGAGAGAGUUAUUAAGAGGGUGGGGGAGCCCAAAGUAUUCCACUCCACUUUCCUCUCGGUCUAAGAGGAGAAUGGAUCUAGGAGUCUAACCGAGUUCUGUUAAAAACACCAGACGGUCCUAUCGCCAUUACCCCCACCCUCCAACUGCCCGUGACGCUUCUCCCAGGUAUCCGAGGGUUCUCCACCCCUGUCCCACCUUAGAGGCACCCAGACCGCCUGUUGCAGCCCAUCAUGAAGCUGGGCUUCGUCCUCUGCCUGGCUCUGGCCUGGGUGGAGCUCCAAGGCGUAUCCUGCCAGCAAGCCAAGCGCAGGAAAGAUGCGGCAGGGAACCAAAUCCGACCAGGUGGGAAGAGAGCGAAGGGGCGGAUCUCCAAACAAAAGGAAAAGGAGACAGGGGGGCGGGGCCAGUCCUUACUGACCCAGGUGCUGGAUAAAGGACGCUUCCUGCGACUGGGCGGGACCACAACGCUGAACCCUGGAAAGAACAUCGAACUGCGAUGUAAAGGCGCCAGCAUCGGCUGGUCGUAUCCCUCCUACCUGAACACAUACAACGACUCCCGCCUCAGCGUCAAGCAGAGUGACAAGUACAGCCAGCUUAUUCUAACAUCGCCCUCUGCUGCCGACACGGGGGACUACAGCUGCUGGGUCAUACUCUGUGACGGAUCGGAUUGCCACAAAGACCCAGACCAAAGCUCUUCUUCGUACAUCUAUUUCACCGACAAGGACAACCUCUUCGUCCCUUCGGCCUUCCACUUUGAGAUUGUCUACCUGCGCCCGGACAAGCCCGCCGUGGUGCCCUGCCGCGUCACCUCUCCCCAGGCCAAGGUGUCUCUUCACAUGGAGGUCCCACCGGCGGAGAUCUCCGGCAACGGCACCCAGGUGAAGUACGACCCCACCAGGGGCUUUGUCCUGCAGAGCCCCGGACCAGACCACCAGGGGGUCUUCUACUGCAAGGCCGUGACUAAGGGCACCCCGCAGAUCUCCACCAAGUUCCAGCUGCUCUACGUUGAGGUUCCUAGCGGGCCUCCGUUUGUGAACGUCGAGGCCUCUCAUGAGUUUGUGAGAGGAGGUGCGACCAUCAACAUCACCUGCACCGUGAUGGGGGAGCCGGACGUGGACGUGAGCUUCAGCUGGUCCUACCCUGGUCAGGGCCAGCGCCCGGUCGACGUCCAGGACUCAAAGAGGCUGGUGAACAGGGGGGUGGGACGCACCACCCUCAUCUCCCAGAGCGUCAUCACUGUGGUGGACAUGGAGACCAUCGACUUUGGGAAGUACACGUGCAAGGCCAAGAAUCUCAAUGGUGAGACAUUGGUGGCAACCAACAUAGUCUCUGGGUAGCCUUGAGUUCAUCUAGUCUGUAUGGUAUGCUCCAAGUAUAGUAGGUUCCAUUAAAAACACUAAAUACCAGACAAAAUUGUAUCAGAAGUUGUAUACCAUAGGUAGUUAAAUAAGAACCUGAAAAUAUUUGAUUCUCAACACAAUAAAAAUGCUUCCUUCGACACUGCAA